AUGCCUGCUAGCAACGGUAUUCAGCUCCCUCAGGACGAAGCGGUCCUUUCGCCUUCUCAGGCGCUUGAGCACCUCAAGACCUACACUUACGGCGAUGGUCUCAGCAUGGCCGAGCUCAUCGACUCGCGUCAGCACGGUGGUCUCACCUACAAUGACUUUCUCGUUCUGCCCGGUUUCAUCAACUUUGCUGCUUCGGACGUCAGCCUGCGCACCAAGGUGACCAAGAACGUUACGCUCAACACGCCUUUCCUCUCGUCGCCCAUGGACACGGUUACCGAGACCGAGAUGGCGAUCGCAAUGGGCUUGAUGGGCGGUAUGGGUGUCAUUCACAACAACAUGAGCCCUCAGGAGCAGGCUAGCGUUGUGCGCAAGGUCAAGAAGUACGAGAACGGUUUCAUCACCGAACCUCUCUGCCUCGACCCCAAGGCCACCGUCGGUGACGUUCUCGAUGUCAAGGAGCGUCUGGGUUUUGGUGGUAUUCCUAUCACUGACACUGGUGCGAUGCACGGCAAGCUUCUCGGUAUCGUCACUGCUCGUGACGUCCAGUUCCGUGAUACCACGCUUCCGCUUUCCGAGGUCAUGACCACCGACCUUGUCACCGCCAAGCAGGGAGUCACGCUCGAGCAGGCCAACACUAUCCUGCGUGACAGCAAAAAGGGCAAGCUCCCCAUCGUCGACGCCGAGGGCCGCCUUGUUGCCCUGCUCGCUCGCUCUGACUUGCUCAAGAAUCAAAACUUCCCUCUCGCCUCCAAGCGUCCCGAAAGCAAGCAGCUUUACUGUGCCGCUGCCAUCGGCACUCGUCCCUCAGACCGUGAACGUCUCAGUCUUCUUGUAGAGGCUGGAUUGGACGUUGUCAUCCUCGACUCGUCCCAGGGUAACUCGGUGUAUCAGAUCGAAAUGAUCCAGUGGAUCAAGCAGACCUACCCGCAGAUCGACGUUGUCGCCGGUAACGUCGUCACACGAGAGCAGGCUGCCAGCCUGAUCGCCGCUGGUGCUGACGCCCUUCGUGUCGGCAUGGGUUCCGGUUCGAUCUGCAUCACCCAGGAAGUGAUGGCUGUCGGUCGACCUCAGGGUACCGCCGUCCACGCCGUUGCUGAGUUCGCCUCCAAGUUUGGCGUCCCCGUCAUCGCCGAUGGUGGAAUUUCCAAUGUCGGUCACAUCGCCAAGGCUCUCGCACUCGGUGCUUCCGCCGUCAUGAUGGGAGGCUUGCUCGCCGGAACCACCGAAUCCCCCGGUGACUACUUCUAUCGCGACGGUAAGCGUCUCAAGGGUUACCGUGGUAUGGGAUCCAUCGAAGCCAUGGAGCACCAGAAGAAGGGCAAGAUCGCCGGCGCCACCGGUAAAGGUGCUGCCAAGGCUGACAAGGUUGCUACCGACGAAAACGCCGCUACGCAGCGAUACUUUUCUGAAAGCGACGCCGUCAAGGUCGCCCAGGGCGUUGCAGGUGCUGUGCAGGACAAGGGCUCGGUCAAGAAGUUCUUGCCUUACCUGUACACCGGUCUGCAACACUCGUUGCAGGACAUGGGUGUCCCACACCUCUACCAGUUGCGCUCUGCAGUGGCCUCGGGCCAGGUGAGGUUCGAGUUGAGGACCGCAAGCGCCCAGGUCGAGGGUGGUGUCCACGGGCUUCACAGCUACGAGAAGCGUCUGUUCUCUUCGUAG